CAAAAACAAAUACUGACCGACGUUCACUUACAAAAAACGAUUAUAACGCUUGAUGAGUCAGUCCGUGCUGAAGAGUUGGGAUAUUUAAACCAAUUUUCAAGACACAUAUAGUCAACUGUCAACUUUUCUCUUUUACUGACUACAUUUUUGCAGCUACGUUUGCUCGUGCUUGAUAAAGUACAUACAGACUAGAACCUUCUUCCUUAUCAGCUACGCAAAUUAAUAAUUCUGAUACAAAGCUGUUAGAGACUGAAGAAAGAGCUUCCACAAUGUGCUUAAAAAAUCGGAUCAUUAGAGCAAAUGCCAACAGCCGUAGAAAAAGUCCGCCACGCUCGUGGAUAUUUGCGUGCUACGGGACAAGCGAAAAUAGGGUUUUUUUUGUUGCUGUUACAAUGUCCACGUCCGAACCCAGUACUGCUGCACCAGCAGCGACUACGACACAGCAACAAGCAACGUCGACGCCGGCAUCGUCGACGAGUACGACGACUGACAAACAAAAGGAAAAGGCAGCACUUGCCAAAGCGAAGAAAAAGAAGAAAGAAAAGGCCAAAAAGAAGGCCAAACGAGCCAAAAAGAACACGCUCAAAACAAAAAUCGUUUCAAAGCAAGGGAAAAGAAAAUGUGUUUUCGCGUGCUUACUUUCAUAUGAAGUCAAUGGAGGCGGUUAUUGCAUUUCAUCAAGGCUUUGAUGGUCACAUUUUUCUCGACAGCAAAGGCACCGAGAGCCGUGCUGUGGUAGAAUUCGCGCCGUUCCAAAAAGUGCCGAAAGAGCAUAAGAACCCUGACACUCGUCAAGGAACGAUUGACGAAGGCUGAGGAAAACAAGGCAGCCGAGCCAAAAGAAGUGGGUGAGACUGGAUCUCAGUUGGAGCGUUUAGAGAACAGACUUGCACUUGUCACAGCACAAACACUGGCUGCCGAACAAGCCAACAAGCCAAAG